AUGCAUAGGCGAGAAAGGCCUAUAGAACCCGGCUUCCGUUUACUUCUCUGUACUCUUGGCGAGGGCAAUUGCGAGUGCCGUCGAGCGUCGAUAAUCAUAACAACUAAACUCACUGUUCACAGUCGAGCAGUGGAUUGCAGAGAAAUCCUAUCCGGAUUACUCACAGUAGCCCGUCUCGACGACCCCAGGAUCGCUGAGGCCGGUGAAGUGGAAAUGCCCUCGAGUCCCCUGCAGACGUCGUCGCACGCGCUCGCGGGCCGCCGAUCCAUCACCUGUCCGUCCGAAAGCCCGUCAGUCGAGUUGGAGGGUACCACCUCGUUCGAUGGGGCCAGGGAAGCUGGGGAGCCUGAGAUGGCGACGUCCAGAGAAGCGGCGAGGGAGGAAGAAGCGAUGAUGCCUCACGUACAGACGAGGACACGACAUAGCCUCUUCCGACGCAACAGCUCCCGAGAAGUGUAUCUGGCCUCUCCGGCGCCACGCCGAGCCCGCCGACGGCCAACGGCCCUCUUCCGCGGCCAUGACCGAGUCCCGGAUCGAGUGCCCGACGCUCCUCGCGCCCUCCUCAAGCCGAGCAGUCAGGCCGUGUUGUUCACUCGACGCGAGAGUCUGCGUCUCUCCACCGCCCUUGACGCCGCCUCCGAGGUCGUGGAGCCGAGCUAUCGUGGCCAGCUGGCGGCUGGCGCGCCAGUACAGCCGCGCCAGAGCCUGCGAUUCGACGUCCGAGGACCAGUCGACCCGGAAGAGCUCAUCCGUACAGCUCGCAUCGGUGCGCCCCGACUCAGCCUCAGCCCCAACUCCUGCCAGUCGGAGGCUCUGUUGCCGCGAGUCGGGCUCGAAGAGACCGCCAAGGCGGACGAUGCGAGUCCGGCAGGACGGAAGGCAGCAUCCGAGGCAGACGAGGCGAAGGGUCGCGAGAGCUGUCUCUUCCGCUGUCGCAUCUGCCUUGAGGAGGGCAGUCCCGGAGACCUGGCGGCUCCGGAUCAGGCCUCCAGCCUCUUCUCACCCUGUCGCUGCAAGGGCACCCUCGGCCUUUUGCAUCGUGACUGCCUCGAGCGAUGGCUUUUGACGACGCGAGUCAACAAAUGCGAGAUUUGUGGCUACGUCUACGUACUGACGCCGUCACACCGUCAUGCCCACGAAACGUCUGGAGGUCUCCGGCGCGCCACUCUAGUCGCCAUAGAAGCGGCUCGUAGACGCGCCAGUGCUCUGAGAACCUGGCUGGCGUCGCGAUUGACACGGCGUCAUCUGGUCACGGACCUCGUCUGUCUGGCUGUGGUCACUCCGAUCACCUAUUUUGGCGUACAUUUCUGCGUACUUGGUGCAAUGUCGUAUAGACAAGAAACCGACAACCCGUUGGCCUGGCAGGUUGUCAGCCUGGCCUUUCUGGCCACUCUUCUGAUUGUCAUGCUUUGCGCCUGGAUAACUCUGGCAGUUCGACACCAUUGGACCGUCUACUCUGGUAUGAAGAGGGCUCCCGUCAUCUGCCUGGCCAAAGGCAUUGGCGCCGGAGCCAUCUUUUUGCAUAUGAAUAUCGCAUCAACCCUCACCAACUUAGCCUUCCUAAAGUGGCUUUCGUUAGGAAACCACGCGUGUGUGUUAGCUUUCACUUUAGCAACAAAAGCGUCCUAUUUGGUGUCGGCCAAAGGUGACCUCAACGCCUUAGAUUAG